AUGAUUGAAAAUCAGAGAGUGUCCAAUACUAAACUAAGGAAAGGCUCCGAUACUAAGACUUCUUAGGCAAAUGAGACUCAGCUAGAAAGAUUAUCUAAAGAAAAAGCAAAAAAAUUAUAGCAGCCUGUACCAGUGAAAUAAAACCUUUUUAAUUAAGAUUAAUCGCUUCUUAAGCUAAAAUUAAAAAAGACGGCUAACACUGAUAAGCAAAUUGAAAGAAAAAUUUAGCCUCUGAAUGAUGUUUUCUCUGCAUCAGAGUUAGGGAUGGAGGAUCAAGUGAUUGGUGAGAUGCUAGAUAAAUAGCUCAAAAUGCAAAAUUAAAACCCACUUAUGAAAGAUUUGAAUAUGAAAAUGAAGGCUGAAAAGUAUCAUAAUCAAAUUAAGUCCCCCCUCAUUUAUGAAGAAGAUGAUGACUACAAUGUGCUUGGCAACCAAUUCAAGGAUUAUUUAAUUGAUCAAAGAAAUCAAUUCAUAGAUGAUGAAUACCAUGAAACAGAUUUAGACAUAAAAGUGCCUACAUUUUUGAGCAGAGGAUCUUUGGAGCCUAAUGACAAUAAUUAAUUCUAUAUGACAUAAAUGAUUAAUAAAUCCCGAUAGGCUCCCUUAAAUGCGACUUAACUUAGCAAUUUUAGUAACCAAAAGAACAGUGUUAUCGGGCAAAGUAUGAAACAGUCUAAAUCUCAGCUAAAAGGGUCUAACUCGAAAAAAAGUGUUUAAAGUCUUGUGAAUAGAUCUUAAGUCAUCAAAACAUCUUACAAAAGAAAGUAAAUUAGUCCACUUAAUAAUAAUCCAGUCAACAGAAAGCAUGAUAGAAACAUAUUUGAUAAAUAUAUGAAUUUCAAUGAGUUCGGAUCAUAUGGAUUGACUCAGAAAAAUCAUAAUCCAAGUAUGGGGAAAAAAACCAAUUAAACUAACUUAAAUACUUCCUCGAUAUUGAUGAAUCAUAACUUUGAUAUGCUAAAUUCAACAGCACCUUUAAAUAUGACUUAGAUUAACAAAAUUUAUGAUGAACCGCAAUUUAACGAAUAAGGACUUACCGAUGUUGUUACAAGCACUCAAAAUCUUAGAAGAAUAAAUAGUAAGGAUAGCUGGAAGGAGUAAAAUUAAUAGUUUGAUAUGACAUCAUUAUAUUAUAGUGGGGUAAUUGGAAGUUAAAAUCAGAUCAAUUUAAGUAAUAAUCUCACUUAAAAUACAGUAACUCCAUUGAAAGAAUAAUAAAAAAAGAAGUUGCUAAUUAAAAACAUCCUCAACUAAGAGGGAUUUACAUAGGAGAAGAAUAAAAAGUAUUUCCUAAAUCUAACUUUAUAGCAACUAAUACAACAAUAAAAAAUGGGAGGGGCUAAGUAGUAGUAAUAAGAUUAUUAGUCAUAGAUCAUGGAGAAGAGCUUUGACUCGAAGAGACAAGUUAAGAAUCAAAAGAGACUUAAUAAAACACUCGAUAAUUUUCAAGAUGAAAAUCUUCACAAGAAUACUAUAGCUACUUAAAAUAUAAAUUUAACCUAAGAUAACCAAAAUCUACGAUCAUUCAUAAAUAAUUUCAUCUAAGGAAGCUAAGUAAACCUCCAAUUUUAAUAGAAAUAACCAUCUAGAUAAAAACAGGCAACAAGCUUCCUGAGCAAUAAAUUAUCUAGUACUAUGAAAAUACAGGAUUUUAACAAUACAUAGUAGAUCUUUGACAAUAAACUCAAUAACUAAGUUAAAAAAUCCAAGAGUAGUUUAAAAAGCACUUAAAAUAUAAAUUUCUAAGAUGAAAAUCAAUAAAUAAAUUAGGUGAAUCAGCCUAAAAAGUACUCAGCUCUGUCUCAGUAUAGUAUGAAUAAUGGGGGCUAAAUUCAAAAUAAUUCUAAUUUUGCUAAAUCCAGAAAGAUCAUCAAUACUAAAAAUGCUAUUCAUAUAAAUCUAUCUAAGCCAGGAAGCUAAACUAAGCACAAAAGGUAAACAUCAUAAGAGAAAACCACAAUGCAACAGAUACUCAACUUCUAUCAGGAUGAUAAUAUUAAUCCACUAAUUGGAACUGAAUUGAAGAGUAAAACAUUUGCUUAAAAUCCAAAGGAACAUAUUGGCAAUAUUUAGUUCAAUCCUAAUUUAGGAAACAUAUAUUCUCAAACUCAAAUGAAAUACAAAACCAAUACAAAUCUCAAUUAAUAUCUAUAAAAUUCGAGGUUUAACAAGAACUCCUAUUAGACUCAAGGGAUUAAGAAGGAAAACAAUAAAAAUUUAAGCAAUUCAUUUAUGAAUUUGGUUGGCGAUAAAUUUAAUUAGACUAUGCUAAAUAAUAAUAAUGCUGUUAAUAAUCUUAAUGAUUAGAAGAACUUUGAAAAUUUUGAUGUUACUCAAUAAUGUGAUACCACUUAAAAUUAUGUUUAGCCUGAUUUCAAGAAGAAUAAAACUAUGAUUCCUAAGAAUCACAUAUAAUUUUAAAAGCAUAGAGAUAGAGAUCUCAUUCAGUCUGCAAUUCUGAAUAAUAACUAUCAGGUAGAUAAUGACAAUAGAAAGAAUCCUUAUUCGAAUAAGAAAUCUAGUAAGCAAAAGAAAGAGUAAAUAAAGGAAAUUCAAAAUAAAACUCAACCUAUCCCUAAGCACAUAUUAGAAAUUGCUUAAGCAGAAGCAGUCAACUUCAGUACAGGCACAAGCAUCAUUGGUGUAAAGCAAAAUUCCUAGUAAAGUAUUAAAUCAAAAUCUAACACAAGAAAACAAAAUUAAAAGGGAAUAAGAGUAGAAGAAAUAUAACUAUAAGGAAACUUUGAUAACUAUUAAAUUUAGCAACAGUAAAGAAAGGGAGCAAAAGAAGAUAACCCUUCAUAAAUUUAUAAUAAUAAGAACACUGUUAUCCUUGAUGAGAAUUUAGAAUAGGUAAAAGAUAGUUUAGAGACUCAAGAAAAUGAAUAACUUUCUAAGCUUGAUAAAUUCGUUUUGGGAAAGCAGAUAGGGUAAGGUGCCUAUGCUGUAGUAAGAGUAGCAACCUCUAAAAGAGACAAUCAGAAAUAUGCUAUCAAAAUCUAUGAUAAAUCAAAAUUGACUGACACAAACAGGCAGAGAAGUGUCAGAAGAGAAAUAAAAUUGCUCUAAAAAAUGAAUCAUUAGAACAUAGUAAAAAUAUUUGAGGCUUUUGAGACUGAUGAUCAUGUUUACUUAGUAAUGGAAUUCGUUGGGGGUGGUAAUUUAUACAAUUACUUGAAACAACAUAAAAACUCUAGGCUGGAAGAAGAGGAGGCAAAAAGAAUUUUCAAGCAAUUACUAACUGCAUUAUCUUACUGCCAUAGAAAAAGUAUUGCACAUAGAGAUAUUAAACUGGAAAACAUAUUAUUAGAUGAAGAUAGAAAUGUAAAGCUAAUCGAUUUUGGCUUUUCAACAUGCAUUCCAAAUGAUAAAAAAAUUAAAAUGUUUUGCGGAACUCCAUCUUAUAUGGCUCCUGAAAUAGUCAUGAAGUUAGAAUAUGCUGGACCUCCUGCAGACAUUUGGGCUUCUGGAGUAUUGCUUUAUGCCUUGAUGAAUGGAAAAUUUCCAUUUAGAGGAGAUACUGACAAAGAUUUGUACAGAAGAAUAUAGAGAGGUACUUUUGAUAUUCAUAACCCUCAGGUCUCAUCUUCUUUGGUGGUAUUCUUAUCUAAAAUGAUAAACACUGAUGCUGAUUAGAGAGCCGUUGCUGAAGAUCUUUUAUAAGAUGAAUGGUUCAAGAUGAAAUCAGGGGAAAAUAAUUUUGAUAAUGAGUAAUAAAAGUUGUAAUAUAUGAACGACUAAAAGAGAAUCUUUAAAGCUAAAAUUCUUGCUAAAAUACCAGUAGAGAAGAAACAGAAUACUAUUUGCUUACUAUCAGCUGAGAGUAAACCUCAAGGGUAAAGACAAUCUAGUCAUAAUAUAAAUCUUGGCUAGAUAAAUCAAAAUAACUUUACAAAUUAGCAGAGUAAUUUUAGAUAAAAUCCCAACUUAUAAGAUUAAUCAGACUAUGGAACAUAGCCCUUAAAUAUGAUUAGAAAGCUUAAUCAGGAAGCCUAUUAGGCAUAUUAUAAUACUUCAGGAGGAAUGUAUGGAUAACAAGCUACUACAAAUGUUUAAAAUCCAUACUACAAUAACUAUUUCACAACAAAUAAUGGCUAUGUUAGUUAGCAAAACUAAUAAUAGCAACAGCAAUAGCAAUAAUAACAGCCUUAAUUCUAAGCACCUCAAAAUCUUAAUAAUCAGCACAAUGUACAGGGCUUUACUCAUGGAUUAAAUAACAUUAUGAAUAAUAAUAUGAAUACCUAAUUCAGAUAAUCUCCUAGCAAGCAAGGUAUCAAUAUCAAUACUAAUCCGUCAUUUUUCCCUGUGAAUUUCCAGUAGCAGCCUCCUAAUCAAAUUGGCACUCCCUAAGUAUUUGGAUCCCCAACUGGCUUCUAAUGCACAGCUGGUUUGAUCAAUAAUAAUUUUAACAUAGUUAAUAACAUAACCUAAGUAACUUGUCUGCCUUAAAAUAAUUUAAGCGAACUCAAGCAUAGUGACAUCAGAUCUCAUUCUAAUCCUAGCAGUGGUCAUAAUACUAACAAGGCAUAUGAAGCGAAUAAAGAAGUUCAAAAUUAAAAGAAAAUAGAUUUGAGUAAUUAAGGAGGCCAUUUGUCCUCUGACUUGGAUGAAGAUAUAAUAGAGUCAAUCACAUACUUAGGAUAUCAUAGAUCCCACGUAGUGAGUCAACUUGAGGAAGAUACAUCUUAAAUAUCUCAUCUGUAUAAAAAACUUAGAGAUGAAAAAAUGUCAAUGACUUAAAACAGACCUCUUUCACUAUAACCACAUUCAAGAAGGCCCAACGCCUACCAAAAUAAUAUUUAAUAUAACCACAAUAAUGCAGUGUUUCCACCUAACUUUAUACCCUCAAUACAUGAUAGUCUUAAAAUUCCAGGGGAUGUUGAUCUAAUAUGUGACUAUACUCAUAUUUACACUGAUAAUUAGAAUGGAAUUAAGUUACUUAAUUGUAACAACUGA